CGCCGCGCGAAUCUGUGCAGAAGCGAUCUGGCGGCCGACGAGAUGGAGCGAGGUGCGACGCUGCUGUUGGUGGCCGCCCUGGCGGCCGUCGCCCAGGCCGGAGGCCACCACUGCUCCGGGGACAAGCUGACCAUCUACAAGGUGGUCGUCACCACUCAAUGGACGCGCGACAGGUUCCCCAAGAACUACCCUGACUGGCGGCCGCCCGCCCAGUGGUCCAAGACUGUUGGAAGAACACACGACUCGAGUUUCGCCUUGUUCGAGCUGGGCAAAAAGGCCUCGCCCGGCGUCAAGCUGUUCGCCGAGACAGGACGGUCCGAGCUGCUGGACGCGCAGAGUCAGGGCGCAAAGGGCGUCUACGACGAGUUCGCCGCGCCGCCGAUCACGAAGGGCGCCGCGAGCGUCGAGGCCAAGUUCUUCCUCGACGGCAACCACUCCAAGGUUUCGCUGAUGACGCGCAUCGUGCCAUCGCCAGACUGGUUCAUUGGAGUGGACAGCUUUGAUUUAUGCACCGACGGCAAGUGGAUUGACACAGUGACCCUGGAGUUGGAUCCGAUCGACGCCGGCACGGACAACGGAUUCACAUUCACCGCGCCCAACUGGGCGACAGAGCCGGCGGGUGUGGUGUUCCGCAUCACCAACACUUACCCGACUCACCCAGCAGGAUCUUUUAAUUAUCCCACUGUGAAAAGACUGCCGUCAAUCGCCUUCUUUCAAUUUGUCAAGCUCAAGGAAUAUGAGCUGGCGCAAGAAUUCGACGGCAAGAGUUCCGAUACAGGUGACAUUGAGGUCAUCAAGAUGUCAGAAUUGCCGACAAUUGACAGGGACAGCAACAAUGUCGACGACAACACUGCUAGAGAAAAGGCGAAAAUUGCAGUGGCGAAUGCAAAUCCAUUUCCGGCAGCUGUCCCUCCAGUGAUCGCAAAGAGUGUGCUGCACAAGUCUAGAAACUCCUCCUUUGUUGCCGUCGCUCCUCCGCAAGCAAACGUGGUCGGCCAGGCCAUCGGCAUCGUCAGCACCAACGAGGUGGCUGUUCACCGGCACCAAACUAGAAGACGGAUGAAAAAGAACAUGAUAGGCAACGCGCAACACGCCCACAAAAUAAGACCACCUCGUGACUGCCGAGUGAGCGAGUGGGGCGACUGGGCCGCGUGCUCCAAGUCGUGCGGCAUCGGCGAAACGCAAAGACGGCGCUCCGUGGUGAAACACGCCCGGCGAGGCGGCUCACCUUGUCCACCGCUGACCGAGGCCAAGUGGUGCGGCAGCGCUCGCUCCUGUCCCAAGGGGUACUUCAAUUGGUAAACUGGCUCUUCUGCAGUUUCAAACUCAAGUCGAGGACUGAUUU